AUAAAUAAUGUCAUUUAUAAAUGGUUUUCCAGCUAGCUAUCAAUAAUUUUUACAUUGAAGGCAAAUCCGCCAUUGUUAAUCAAUUCAAGCUCUCUCUAUCUCUGUGUAGCCUUCUUCUACUACUUUUUCUUGUUCAAAUCUACGGAUCAAAAGUAGAAUUUAUUCCAAAGCAAAGCAAAAUGUUGAAGAAGCAUGAAUGUUUUUGGUGGUUCCUACUGUCCCUUGGAGUGAUAAUACCAUAUUUGGAAGGGAAGAAUCAAAUCAUAAAAACAAAAACUUAUAUGACACCAUUAUUCACUUUGAAACCUGGCUCUGUAGUGGAGAGAUUUUACUACAAUACUAACUUUCCCAAAGGUCAUAUUGCUGUCAAGAGUUUUGAUGUUGAAGUUGUAGAUGAAGCAGGCAAUCCCAUCCCCCUCUUUGAAACUUAUCUUCACCAUUGGGGAAUCCUCAGGUAUUACCAACACAAAGACACAAAAGAUCCAAACACCAACACUUCCUUCACUCAACUCCAAAAACCAAAUUUCAUCAUAGCAAGCAACAAUGGAGUAUGUCAAAAAAAUGCCCUUCCACAAUUCUUUGGGACAGGGGCAGAUUCAAGAAAAACAUCCUCAUUUCUUCCAAACCCAUAUGGAAUAGAAGUUGGUAAUGAAAAGGAAGUUCCUUUAGGGUAUGAAGAAAAAUGGGUUCUUAAUAUACAUGCCAUUGAUACUAGAGGUGUGGAAGAUAGAAUUGGAUGUAUUGAAUGUAAGCGCCAUUUGUAUAAUGUUACUAAGGAUGGGUUAGGAAAGACAUUGGAAGAUGAUUAUAUUGGAGGUUUGAGAUGUUGUUAUGAUCAAACUCAAUGUAAAGUGAAGGAAGGCUAUGAAGGAGAAGAAAGGAAUUUGUAUGUUAGAUAUACAGUUAAGUGGGUGGAUUGGGAUGAUGAUCUUGUUAUUCCUCUUAAGGUUUAUAUUUUUGAUGUGACAGAUACUUGGAAGCCUUUCAUUGAUUCAACAGGAGCUGCUGAAGAACAUAAUUGUCUUGUAGAGUAUAAUGUAUGGUCUUGCUCCUCGACAAACAAGCUUGGUGAUGAAUGUAAUGCUACAAAAAGGGUGAAGCUAUUCUCUCCAAGCAGUGGCUAUAUCAUAUAUGGAAUGGCCCAUCUUCAUGUUGGUGGUCUUGGUUCAAUGCUUUAUGGAGAGGAUGGAAGAGAGUUAUGUUCUUCAUCUCCCAUAUAUGGAAAUGGAAGUGAAAUAGGCAAUGAAGAUGGAUAUGUGGUUGGAAUGUCAACUUGUUAUCCGAAGCCAGGCUCAGUCAAAAUCAAUAAUAAAGAAAUGUUGACUCUUAUUUCCAAAUAUGACCCUGCUCAAAAUCACAUUGGAGUUAUGGGUCUUUUUCAUAUUAUGGUUGCACAAAAAUUACCAAACUCAAUGAUUCACAUGGAACCACUCAAAGAACUUUUUGAUGAUAAAACCACCAUGUAACUCUUACAUUAUUAUAUAUCAAUUGGUCUAUGAAUAAGAUGAUAAUCUCUGUCAUAUAGUAGUUUAGGCCUAUGGUUUUGUUGUUAGAGUUUGUUGGUCUUGGUUUGUUACAAGUCUUAAGAUUAUUGAACUUAGCUGCGUUCAUAAUUAAGCUUUGUGAUUGGAAAAGAAAAUGGUAUUAAGGUUUGGAUUUGUAUAAUAUGCUGUAUAAGAUUAUUGUACAUUGUAUUAUAUUUUGGCAUGAACAAGGAAAUUAUGUUAAUAACC